AUGCCUCUUAUAAACAAGAAAUACUUUAGUACAUUGUUAGCGUCCUCUGUGUUGGCCCUCUUCUUAGGGCUCACCACCGACUCUAAACUCACAUACUUUACGUCGGACCACGACAAGGCUGCGCACUUCGUCGUGUUCUUUCUAGAGUCAUGGCUUUUCACUAAGUCGCUUAUCCCGAGAAGAAUAAAGUUGUUGUCGCAUACUGUUGAUAAGUACAUACUGAGCCUGCUUGUGUGCGCCGUUGGCGCCGGCGUGGGCAGCGAAUUUGCGCAAGCGGUUUUGUCGCGCGGGCGCCGACAAUUUGAUUCCCUGGAUAUUGUUUGCAACGUCUGCGGCGGGACGCUAGGAGUGGCUGUAGCUGGUCACGCAGAAUUCCUAUGGCGUUAA